CUGGAGCCCGCAGUUCGUGACCUCAUUCGAGAGUACCACGACGUUUUUCCAUCGUCGUUCUCGUACGCCGGCAUCCCACCGAUGCGCGACGUCGAGCACUCCAUCCAGCUUGUGCCUGACUAUCGUGUUCACCACCAGGCACCCUACAGACUCUCGAUCCCCGAGGCCACCGAACUCAAGCGUCAGCUUGAGGAGCUCCUGAGACUGGGUUUCAUUAAACCCAGCAACUCCCCGUGGGAUGCACCCGUCCUCUUUGCUCGCAAAGCGGAUGAAACUCUCCGUCUCUGCAUCGACUAUCGCGGUCUCAACCGCUACACGGUCAAGAACAACUACCACAUGCCUCGUUCCGACGAGCUGUUUGACCGCCUAGCAGGCAACCGCUUCUUUACGAAGAUUGAUCUUCGUAGUGGUUACCAUCAGAUCCGGGUCGCUGCAGCCGACCAACCGAAGACAGCGUUCCGAUCGCGCUUCAGCCAGUACGAGUUUACGGUGAUGCCAUUCGGCCUCACCAACGCACCCGCUACCUUCCAAAGGGCGAUGAGCAACAUCUUCAGGGACAUCCUGGAGCAGUACGUUCUCGUCUACCUCGACGAUAUCCUGGUCUACAGUCGUACCCUUGACGAGCACCUCAGACACCUCCGCGACGUCCUUGACCGCUUGCGCAAACAUGGCUUCUAUGCCAAGCUGAGCAAGUGUCGCUUUGCCCAGCACAAAGUGAAUUUCUUAGGACACUACGUGUCUGACCAGGGUCUCCAUAUGGACGACGCGAAGAUCACUGCUAUUGCGGACACUGUCGAGUCUCGCUCAGGUGAUUGUCCGAUAGCCUUCUACUCCCGUCAGCUCCUGCCUGCCGAGAUAAACUACACCGCUGAUGAACGUGAGGUUCUCGCAGUAGUUUAUGCCGUCCGGCACUGGCGUCACUACCUGCACGGGGCACCAUUCACGGUGCGCAUGGACAACUCCGUUGUCCAGGCUUUUCUGACAAAACUGAAGCUCACUCCUCGACAGGCUCGCUGGUGGCGCGACCUAUCCGAGUUUAGUUUCACCAUUGAGCACAUCAAGGGUGAGACUAAUCGGGUCGCAGAUGCCUUAUCCCGGCGUCCUGACCACGACCAGGAGCAGAUCCAGCUCUCUUCCAUCUCGGUCACCACCGUCCACCACUCGGUGAUCGACGAGUUUCGCACUCAGUACCGCCACUGCCCCGACAUCCACGCGACCCUUCAGAGUGGCAAGACCGUCCCGAACUACUCUCUCGGGGACAACGAUCUUGUGCACUGGCACAAUUCACAAGACACUAGAGAGCCCCGUAUUGUCGUUCCCUCCACUGGACAACUACGUGUCCGAGCAGUAGAAGAGUUCCAUGAUCAGGCAGCCGCCGGUCAUAUGGGAUUCCACAAGACGUUGGCUCGUGUGAUCCGCCUGUACGUUUGGCCGAAGUGCAAGGACUUUGUGAAGGACUACGUCGCAGAGUAUCCCACCUGUCAAGAGGUGAACAGUGCGAACCACCUUCCUUAUGGUUUGCUCCAGCCUCUUCCUAUCCCUGAGGGUCGUUGGCAGUCCAUCUCAAUGGACUUUAUCAGUCCUCUUCGUCCUCCGACCCCCCGCGGUCAUGAUGCUAUCCUGGUCGUCGUCGACCGCUUCACGAAGUGUGCACACUUUGUUCCAUGCCGCUAUGCCAUCAGCGCACGUGAGGUCGCCGACAUCAUGUUUGACCGAGUCGUGUGUGACCACGGCUUACCUCUGAGCAUCAUAUCUGACCGUGACCCGCGCUUUACCAGCCGAUUCUGGCGACGACUCCACGAGGUUUACGACACUCAGCUCCACUUCUCAUCGUCUUACCAUCCCCAGACUGAUGGUCAGACCGAGGUCAUAAACAGGACUCUCGGAGAUAUUCUCCGAAAGAUUGUUCGUGACGACCAGCAGUGGGAUCUCCAUCUUACCCACGCGGAGAUAGCCUACAACCACGCCGUCUCGCCAGCCACGGGGAUGUCGCCUUACUAUUGCGACUUCGACUAUCACCCUCGUGUUCCCGCGGACUUCCUUCGACCGUCACAGAUGCACCCCGACAUGAGUUGUCCCACGCUGGAUGAUUGGGUUGCACACAUGACAUCGAUCAUGAAGACCGCAUAUGAACACAUAGCCGCUUCCCAGACUCGCAUGGCAGCACGUGCGAACCGAUCGAGGAUAGAUCAUUCAUUCAAAGUCGGUGAUGAUGUGCUUAUUGACGCCCGUCACUUACAGCUCGAAGCGGACACGCUUUGCAAGUUUCGGCGUCGCUUCUUUGGCCCAUGCCGCAUCCUCCAGGUCGUCGGUUCUGAUACGGCUUCUAGCCCGGUCAGCUUCUGUGUGAAGCUGCCCAACUACUUACGCCAGGCUCGUGUGCACGAUGUCUACCACGUCUCGUUACUGCAUCCUUACCGCAGACCGUCUGAGYGUUUCGCUGGACGACCAUACGAGCGCCCUCCCCCCAUCAUGGUGGAUGACCACGAGGAGUUCCUCAUUUCAGACAUCAUUGGUCGCCGAGUCACCGACGACAACCCUCCUCACGUCGAGUAUCUUGUACGUUGGAAGGGUUACCCUAAUGAGGAGGCUACUUGGGAGCCCCUCGAGCACUUGCCGCAUGCUCGCAUGUUGGUGCGUGCCUAUGACCGUGCACGUCAUGCUGGGUUCACUCCUCCUCAGCCCACUGACCCUCCUCCUUCUCCCCUGGCUGAGGAGACUGCUGAAGUCGAGCGUGCUCCAUCUGAGGCGGACCUUCAGCAGUAGCCGGAUGCUUCUGAGCGUCCACAGCGCACUCGUCGUCAUCCUGCUUGAUACGACAAUUGACUCUG